AGGUGAAGACACGGGUAUCUCCAACGAUCGUCAGCAAGCAAAAGAUACAUCCCGGUCCACCUCACCACUUGUACUUCUGGAUCAUGUCCAAACCACACCAUUGCGAGGGACCUCCUUGCUCUUAAACCCUCUAAAUCCCCCAUGGUUUCGAACUUCCCUUCCCCUUCUCUCCUUCAUCUCGUCAGUAUCAGCCCGUGUUUUCAACCCUCGUCUCGACUAGUCGUCGCCCUUCUUUAUCUGCGUCUUUGAUAGAUCGCAUACACACUCCCUACUCGGCCGUGCCGAUCGCAUAACUACAACUAUCGCCUCAGCCUCGAUCUUUGGUUGUUGCCUUCACCUUGUCAUCCCGACUGUGAUCAACCCGAUUAUCAAGUACAACUUCACACUCAUUACACAAGUCGACUGUCGUCUUUAAAAACACAAGGUUUCAUCGAUCUUUACCCAAAUCGCUUUGAUUAAGAACAUCAUAUCAAAUCAGUCAAGAUGAUCGCCAACAAGCUCACCAUCCUUACCGCUACCGCCGCUCUUCUUGAGCCGGCCCUCGCUCUCGGCCACCGCCAUGCUCACCACCAGCACGCCCAGAAGCGUGGUGACUGGAUCGUUGCUACCAUCGACGGUCAGGUCGUCUCAUGGGAGAACAACUACUUCGGCCCCGGCGGUGCUGCUCCUGCUGCCACUCAGCCCGCUGCCGCUUCUCAACCCGAGGCACCUGCUGCUCCCGCUCCCGCUGCCGCUCAGCCCACCACCAUCAUCAAGGUCGCCAAACCCUCUCAAGCUGCUAAGCCCGCCUAUAAGCCCGCUUCUGAGCCCAAGAAGGAGGAGACCGCCGCCAAGGCUCCCCAGAAGGCUGCUAUCAAGGAGAAGACUCAGUCCAAGGCCAAGUCUAGCGGCUCCUCUUCCGGCGGCUCCGUUGGCUUCUCCCACAAGCGAGGUGUCUGCUACAACAACGUUGACCUUGCCAACACCUUCGCCGGUGACUGCAAGAACUGUGGCUGGGGUUACAACUGGGACUCCUCUUCCAACGGUCUCAAGGGUCUCAACUUCAUCCCUACUCUCUGGAACGACCAGCCUCUCCACACCGAUCGCUUUGCCGACAACUGUGCCCAGGCUCUCAGUGAUGGCGCCAAGGCUAUCUUCAGCUUCAACGAGCCUGACAACGCUGGUCAGGCUGACAUGACUCCUGCCUACGCUGCCAAGGCUCAUGUCAAGUGGCUCAACCCCUAUGCUGGCAAGGCCCUCAUCGGUGCUCCUUCCAUCAGCAACAGCGGUCUUCCUAUGGAGGGUGUCGAGUGGCUCAAGAACUGGGUCUCUGAGUGUGAGAAGCUCGGCGAGCAGUGCCAGUAUGACUUCUGCAACGUCCACUGGUACUCCGAGGUUGAGUACGGUAACACUCUCUUCGACCACCUCAAGGCUUCCCAUGAGGCUUGCGGCGGAAAGCCCAUCUGGCUCACUGAGUUCGCUCCUACCGGCUCUGAUGAGGCCAUUGCCGACUGGCUCAAGGAAACCAUCCCCAAGCUUGAGGACCUUUCUUACCUUGAUGCUUACUCCUACUUCAAGGUCGAGACUGGCAUGCUCAUGACCAGCGAGACCCAGCUCAGCUCCUACGGUAGCGUUUACGCCUCCGCUUAAGCUCGCGAAGGCCCAUGGCAGAUGGCCACCCAGUUCGUUUUAUAACUUCUUGUACACUCGCUAGGGAAAUACCCAACCAUUCAAAAUUGGCUUUCGGGAGGGAGGAUAAACAUUUUCGGUUCAAGGAUGGCGCCCGUUGACUUAUGUACAUAUUCUGCAUUUAGGUGACCAGGAUCUGGCUCACAGUAUCCACGUUUUUAUAUCACGGUCAACCUCCUUACCUUUUUUCUUAUCAUUAGUUCUGGGAUAUUACAAAAAGGGAGGACUUUGCAAAUAGAACAAUUCCUGAUCUUAACAGUUUGAUAGACUUCUUUCAGCGUGUAGAUACAUCUAUGAGCUACGAUGACAAUGAACAGCGAUUUGACUGCUCCAACUACUGU